AUGAUUAUGACAAAUGUAACCACAAUGAGUGGAUUCCUCCUCAAGGGUUUUUCUGAUGAUCAUGAGCUGCAGAUCUUACACGCUUUGUUUUUCUUGGUGAUAUACCUACUGGCUUUGGCAGGUAACAUUAUUAUUAUCACCAUCACAACCCUAGACCAGGGUCUCCAAUCCCCAAUGUACUACUUCUUGAAGCACCUGUCUCUCCUGGACCUCACCUUCAUUUCUGUCACGGUCCCGCAGUCCAUUGACAACUCACUGGCAGACAAUGGCUAUAUUUCCUAUGGUCAGUGUGUUCUUCAGGUUUUCUUCUUCACAUCUUUGGGCUGGGCAGAGAUGGCAAUUCUCACUGUGAUGUCCUAUGACCGUUAUGCAUCUAUUUGCCUGCCACUGAACUAUGAGGUCAUCAUGGAUCCUAGAAACUGUAAGUGGUUUGUGAUAGCUGUAUGGCUAAGUGGAGGCAUAUCUGGAAUUUUGUACACAGCAGCCACAUUUUCUAUUACAUUCUGUAGAGCCAAAAUAAUUCAUCAUUUCUUCUGUGAUGUCCCUCAGUUGUCAAAGCUAUCCUGCUCUACCAACAACAUGGGGGUUAUUGGAGUGUCUCUUUUUGUGUCUGUGAUUGCAUUUAUCUGCUUCAUCUUUAUUAUCUUCUCCUAUAUCCACAUCUUCUCCACAGUCUUAAGAAUACACUCAGCUGAGGGCCAAUCGAAAGUCUACUCUACUUGCCUGCCGCACCUCUUUGUUGUCUCAUUUUUCCUCUGCACAGGAGUCUUUGCAUAUCUAAAACCAACUUCAGAUUCUCCAACUACUUCUGACCUUGUGACAUCUAUCUUUUAUACAGUAAUACCUCCAGCACUCAACCCUAUUAUCUACAGUCUGAGGAAUGAGACUAUGAAGGCAGCUUUAAGAAAGUUACUGUUGGGUGAAAAGCUUACAAGGGAAAAAACAUGUUUUUUACAUUGUAGAUGGAUGUCCAAUACAACGCACAAAGAAUUAUUUGAAUAA